AUGCACAUACUCACGUUAUGUGUAGUUUUCCUCGUCUCAUUUUAUCCGACACAGACUAAAUACCUUGGGGGAACCAUCAGUUGGCGGAAGUUCGAAGGAUCGAUCCGAUUCGUGUACCGCAUGACCUGGGAGAAAGGGACAGGGCCAUGUGGUUCUUCGUGUUCUAGUGCUGAUCUGAUAUCUAAGAGCCACCUUCCACCAUCUCUAAACUCCUUGUCUUGGAAAUGCACUUCCGGUUGCACCGGAAGUCCUGUCUUGGGCGACGUGAACUACUUUCUGACAUCAGUGAGUAAUGAAGUACCGGGAUGGGAACAGGGCGAGGAUCAAUUCUUUUACAAUCUGACUGGGACAGGCCCAUAUAGUAUAUCGAUUGAAGGCCUUUCUUGGCCAAAUGCCACCGAUCUUGGCAGAAUGGUGACGUCAGUUAACCUCGGGGUUCGCAACGAUACCAAUGUCUCUAACGCCAGUCCCAUCGCAGCAGUCCCGCCCUCUGUUGGAAUUCCUUUUGACUGCGAAAGCGUAAUCAGUCUGCCGAUAGAAGAUCCGGAUGCGGACACGGUGAGAUGUCGUCUGGCUACAUCCAUGGAGUGUGGAGACGCUUGCACUGAUUUGCCGCGCUUUGUCCUUAACGAGGAGAACUGUACACUGACCGUGCAUACAACCAUUUCUAAUGGAUAUCAACCAAACACACUUUAUCGUGUCACCGUCAUGAUUGAAGAUUUCCCAGAUUACACCAUCAGUGUCGGAAACGAGAUCAAGAACCCUCGUCACUGCCUCAGUAAGAUACCUUUACAAUUUGCAGUGAGAGUGCUGUCUAGUAGAGAAGGAUGUGACGAUCUCGCCAUGACGUUUACUAGACCAGAUAUUCCGGACGGUAUCCGUUUCCCAUAUCCCCCCACUGGACCUUUGUUCCAGACCCUGUCUUACUAUAUUGCAACACCAAACGUUAGUGGUACCGAUUUCGUGGUGAGUUUGGCUGCUAUGUUUAACCACAGUAAGAUCCCGGAUGACAAAAAUAGGACAAACGUGACCCAUCUGUAUGGAUCGUGGUACUCGCGUCAGGACCAGUCUGGAGAUUCUCUCAACUGUGUUUGGGGAAGACGACAAGACGGCCUCACAACCGUAGAGAAACGUUGUAUGACUGUGUAUCUCAACGAUGUUGACCACUGCAUCGGAGGUCCAUUCUGUAAACGUAACGGCACAUGUAUAACACUCUACAAACGUUACACGUGCAAAUGUCCACACGGCUACAAACCACCAGAUUGUGAGCUACGUGUGAGUUGCCUUGACUUCCCUUGCAAACACAAUGGGUCUUGUGUAGAUACCGGCACAUUGUACAAGUGUAUAUGUCCGCCAAAUUACUAUGGGGUAGACUGUGAAUGGAAGUAUGACGAAUGCUUAAGUGCACCUUGUCAGAAUAACGGCACUUGCAAUAAUGACGUCACAGGUUUCACUUGUUCUUGUCCAGCUAACUAUACAGGCAACACAUGUACAACUCUGUCAGUUUCUUCCCUGGACAUGCGCGUGAUGGUGGAUAACCUUGACCCACCCGUCGUCUGGCCAAUAGUAGUCGGCGUACUCGGUGGACUUUCGCUAGCUGCAACCACUGGUGCGUGCUGUUGGUGGUACCUUGGUGCAGCUAAGCGGCGUCGAAGGAAAAAAGAAAAGAAAGUUGAGCCUUCUUCGCGAUGGGUUGACGAUUCCAGGGACGUCUCACGCCCGCCAAGCAAUACUAUCCCCAAAGAAAGAUCUACGCAUAAUUCUGAAUUCGCCAACGGACCUCCUGAAAAAUCUGAAAAAUCACGUGAUGGCGGUAUGGGCGGAUCUGACAUCACAGCUAGUGCCACGCAUGCGUCAGACUUUUAACCUUAAACAACAAACAUAUAAUAACAUUAAAUCAUCGAACCACAACCAGACCUUUGUGGUCAACAGGCGCCAAAAGUGACUGACAUAUCAUAAUUACGUUGGACAGGAGUAUGCGAUGUUUCACUUACACGUAAAGCGGAUGUUUAGACUGCGCAUGAAUCUGGAGCAGGAAGUGAUUCACCUUAAAUGUAAACACUUUUGUAAUAUCUUUGAUAUUUACUGUUGAUUUCCUUUCAAGAAAUACAACAAAAUAAACUCAGACACUAUCUGAUA